UUGUUGGAAUACACACACAUGAUCACGGUGAUCAUGCGUUGAUUAGAACAGGCUCUACCAUUGAGUCUGCUGACAUAUAAACUGAAGCACCUGAUCGAAAUGAUCCUGCAGAGAUUGCAGAUAGUGCAUGAAUGCAGACAUUGCUUGAUUUCCACAGGAUCUUUGUGUGUGGGUUCAGCGGAUCUUUGCAAACAGAGGAGAUCUGUUUUGUGAUCUGUGGAACCAUGUCGUCUGUCACGCAGUCUGUGUUCAAGGUUUGGGUGCUCUGAAGCUCUUUGCCUGUGACAAAAAUGUCAUGUGACAUGCUCCUAUCUCCUCAUAACACUAGGCAUCUACAGAAGUUCAUUCUCACUCAGUAAAUGAGCUCUUGAGCUGACUCUUAGUAGCAGACCGACUAGCUAUGUGAUAAUGGACCAUGUCUGUGGGAAUGUUAUUUUGCCUGAAAUGGGAAAGGGGGCAGAUUCUCCUGACUGCCAUAAGUCACCGCACUAUUCAUGUCUGACUCAGCAGCCCAGUGGCAGUAAAGGAAACGUCUCCACAUCCAGAGGACUUCUUCUGCUGUCUCUGGCUCUUAGCGUCUGCCUGCUUUUCACUCUGGCUGGUUUUGUUGCGGUGGCUCACCUUUAUUCCAAUGCACAGACUAAGCUUGACCUGAUAGAAGCACUGAACAAGAAUUUGUCAGCAACCUUGAAUACCACUGAUUUAACUGCAGGGGUAGAGGAACUGCUUGUCAAGCACAGACAUUUGUUGACCCUCCAAAUGUCUUUUGAUGCCACCUCUGGUUGUAGGGUCUGUCCUGAUGGCUGGGCUUACAACAGUGGGAAGUGCUACCUCUUCUCCUCCACUAAUAAGACCUGGAGUCAGAGUCGAGAUCACUGCAUCACAUUAGGGGGGCAUCUGGCCAUUGUGAACAAUCAAGAAGAACAGAAUUUUCUAUCCCAAAGUGCCAUUGAGAAUGUCUACUGGAUGGGACUGAGUGACCUGGAGACAGAGGGACAGUGGAUUUGGCUGGACAGCACACCUCUCAAUGAGACUGGAGCAGUAUUCUGGCUGAAAAGGUCUAAUGGACUGGAUGAACCAGAUAACUGGAAGGUGCAAGACACUUCUGGGGAAAACUGUGGACUGGUCUCCAAAAUGGGAGACUGGCGUGACAACUCCUGCAAAAAUCUGUGGAAGUUUGUUUGUGAGACGACAGCCACCGAUUGGAUUGGAUUAGAUUGAAUAUUCAGCUGCUAUAUAUGGAGGCUUUUAAGAAAUAUUUUCAUCAAAUGUACACAGUUAUUUCUACAUUGUGGUUGUAAGGAACCACUUUCCAGACCAACGACAGAACUGGGAGUGGGCGAAGGUUUCUGCGUGUUCGGCUUUCUGCGCUUUGCUGAAAUACAAUAUUUUAUUAAAUGACCCUAUGUGGGUAAACAUAAUUCAUCUGACUCCUCUCAAUUUAGGAACUCAGCCUUAGUCCCUGUUCUUUUAAUGCUAUAUUGCUACCUGUUAGGUAGUCUGACCUAGUAAUUUCCAGCAUUUUCGUUUGGAUCAGCAUUUCAGUAGACUAUUAUUUUUAGAUCACUAUAGACGGGAAGAUGCUGUAU